UCUCUAUAGGCUUCUAGAGUUAAAUAAAGGCAUAUUAUUUAACAUGAACUAUAAUGACCUUUUUUGUCCAAAUGAUUGUGAACUUAUUUUACUAUUGGCGUUCACUGCUGCUGUUCUAAAAAUUACCGUAAUCAUAGUAAUACGCGCACCCGCUUAACUUUUUUUUUUUUAUUUGCGGCUGGCUCGACCGCAGUCUGUAACUUGCUGGAACUACUUAACGUCCAUCAGAAUUGUUAACGGCACUCAUUUGAAGCUGCAGUGGUUUAUUCCUGCAAUGGUUUUGUCCUACAUGUCCUCAAGCAAGCCUAAAAGAAAGUGAAAGUUCAUUUUUGUCAGGGGCCAUUUUUGUGCCUAAAAGAACUUGUCAAAACAGCAGAAAGAUUGGUUACAUGCAUUUCUCAAUGACUAGGCAAUAGUCUUCUCAGCUGUCAAUAACAGCAGUCAUGUAGACUAAACUGAAACAUUAUGUGGAUGGACGUAAAAUAAGACUCAUCUGAUCCACCUGUGCAGCUUCAAUAUGGACGACACACAGACAUCCAGUGAUGGAGAUUUUUGUCCAGGAAUCAGUUCAGUCAAGAAGAAGAGAACAGAAUCUCCAGAGCCCAGCUGUGUGUCUAUGAAGAGUGAUCAGUCUAUGGAUCCGCCACUACGUUUUAAGGAUGAAAACACAUCAUCUGGCUGCAGAUACAGUUCGCUCCAUCAUAAGAGAACAGAAUCUCCAGAGCCCAGCUGUGUGUCUAUGAAGAGUGAUCAGUCUAUGGAUCCGCCACUACGUUUUAAUGAUGGAAACGCAUCGUCUGGCUGCAGAUAUAGUUUAGUCCAUCAUAAGAGAACAGAAUCUCCAGAGCCCAGCUGUGUGUCUAUGAAGAGUGAUCAAUCUAUGGAUCCACCACUACGUUUUAAUGAUGAAAACACAUCGUCUGGCUGCAGAUACAGUUCGGUCCAUCAUAAGAGAACAGAAUCUCCAGAGCUCAGCUGUGUGUCUGUGAAGAGUGAUCAGUCUAUGGAUCCGCCACUACGUUUUAAUGAUGGAAACACAUCGUCUGGCUGCAGAUACAGUUCGCUCCAUCAUAAGAGAACAGAAUCUCCAGAGCCCAGUUAUGCAUCUAUGAAGAGUGAUCAGUCUAUGGAUCCGCCACUACGUUUUAACAAUAGAAACACAUCAUCUGGCAGCAGCAAAAGAACUGAGGUUCGCCUGUUUCACACUGGACGCUUUUCACAUAGGACAUCCACGCCGGAGAAAAGCUGCAUCAACUGUUUUCAGCCAUGAAGUCCUCAACGUAUU